AUGACUUCCCAGUCCCAGUCCCAGACCCCCUCCCUACCAAGCACCCUCGUGGCGCGCUUUCUACGGACAAAUAAUUACACCGAGACGCUCCGCGCAUUCAUCCGGGAGGCGGGCCUCCCGAACAACGUGGGGCAACCGAGUAUCAGCAGCAGCAGCAGCCAGAACAACCACGGCGAGAGCAGCUGGACCAUUGAGGGGGUGCUGGAGGAGAAGAAGGCGUUUGACAAGAGCGUGAAUUUCGAGCGGUAUGGGGGAGAUGAGAAGGAGCGAGGGGAGUGGAGUGUUCCAGCGCCCACGAAACCGAAUCCCAUUCAAACGCCUAAUUCCGCGAACUUGUUGGCGUGCUCUGUAGAGCCGUGGAAGCAGGCUGUCGGCGGUGACAGGGACGGGGAGGAAGAAGAAGGAAAACAAAAAGAGAGCGGCGCGUAUCUCGUUGCUACCGGCGCAGACAGACAGCUCCAUCUAUUCACAACCGCUACGGGAAACCACGUCGUCAAGUCGUUUUCGAGCCUCUCCGACUCGCCGAUCUUGUCGUAUACGACUGUCCGAAAUGGCAGAUACGUUCUCCUGACGAAUAUGUCGGGCCAGUUGCUCCUCCAGAGGGGCGCCGAGACGCUGGAUUGCAGGAAGGACCAUGCGAAAUACGCGGUUAAAGUGGUCGCGCAUGAAGAGGAGGAUGCAGUAUGGAUUGCUACGGCUGGGUGGGACUCGAAAGUCGUUCUGUACAGAUUGAGUAUUCCCAUCGAGGAGUCUGAGACAGGCGGCGGUGUCACGCUCGGGGAACCCGCUGCGUAUAUCACCCUGGCGUCUAACCCAGAGUCCAUGCUCUUCGUCCGCCACGUCGACACGGGAGAGCUCAUCUUGCUUGUCUCCCGGCGCGAUUCGACACAUCUCCACUACUAUCAGGUCAACGACUCCAGUGCGCUGACACCCUACGAAUGCCCUCUCCUCGGGACGCAGAACCUCGCCCCGCACUCCAACGCCUGGGUGGCCUUCUCGCCAUCAUGUCUAGCACUCAGCCCGGACGACCCGGGCCUACUAGCCGUCGCGGCGUCAACCACCCCACACAUGAAGGUCCUCCUCGUGCGGUUACUAUUCCCAUCGCAAUCGGAAGCCUCAGAUGGCGACGGGACCGAGCCGCACGCCACGCAGGCCACGCAGGCGCUUGCGGCCCUGUCGCUGCAGAAUAGGGAAGACGCGGCCAUUCUCAUCCAGGCGAAUACCUUUGCGCCGCAGACGGCGUACUCCACCCCGCAGGUUGUAUGGCGGCCUGAUGGGUCUGGGGUCUGGGUGAAUGGUGAUGAUGGGGUGAUUCGGGGUGUUGAGAGGAGGACGGGGAAGGUCGCUGUGAUGCUUAAGGAUGGCCAUGAUACUGGGUAUAAGGUGCGGUCUAUAUGGGCGGGCUGGGUCGAUGUGGUUGGGGAUGGUGGUGAGGUUGUUCGUGAGGAGUGGUUGGUUAGUGGGGGGUUUGAUAAGAAGUUGAUUGUUUGGAAGGCUGGUUGA